CCGCCCUUGCCGGUCUCUCCUUCCGAGUCAACUGACUGAAGACGUCGAUGGACAGCGGCCGUAUGAGAGGGUCCCUGAGGUCUUGCUCCUCUGAUGCAGUGGCGGGCAGCUGCGGUGGCCGCCAAGGCACUUCGCCGAUGGCAUCCCAUGGACAGCAGCCGCAUAGCCGCAUAAUGCUGUCUCAUGCGGCGUCUGGCGCACUCGACAGAAUCUCUCAGUUGCCCGCGUCGUUGAUCAGGACUUGUUGGUCCUCUGCUGCUUCCCUCCGCUGCACACACAGCGUCGCGAGAUCAUGUGCGCCGUGUGUUUGUCGGUGCGGUUGUGCUUGACCAAAUGCGUCUUCUUGCCGCCGUUGUCGGUGUGCAGGUGCCGAUCAGAUUGACGUCCCUGUCGGGGAGAUGACCAGGAAUAUUUGCGCGCUUCACUGGCUGAAGAUCCGUCCCCCUUUCGUGAGCGUCUUAGCGUCGGCGCAGUGACAGAGAUGCGGUGCUCUGCCACAUCGCCCACGUAGAGCGAGAUGAUUGGGGCACUUCCUCAGAAAGAGCUGCCAGAUCUGCCGAGGAAGGCAGACAGACAGGCAGACAGACAGAGAAGGAAGCCUCCAUCCGCCCACAGCAUCGCACCGCAUCAUCCAGCCUUUCCCCUCCCCUCCCCUCCCCUCCCUCUCUCUGUGUGUCUGACAGUUCCGACUCCAUCAGCGCAGGAGAUCUCUGCCGAUCUCCUCUCCGUCAGGGCUCCGAGUGCUGCCGCCCAAGGUACACACCGAGGACAAGAGGGAAACAACUGAUUGCGCACAUGUCUCACCAUCCACACACGUGCAUUUUCUCCCUCUACUGUGCCUGCCUGUCAUUUCAGGUUUCGUCGCAUCUUGUGCCGCUUUCGAGGUCGAGAGCAUCCCCCGCGACGAGACCAGGCAGGCCAGGAGGGCGCGGCUGGGCAUGGAGGGCCUCGGCGUGCAUUCCCAUGGUACCAUGGACAAAUCCAAGGCAGCCGACGCCAAGUCACGGGGCAACGCGGCCUUUCAGAGGCAGGACUACACAUUGGCCGCCGAGUGCUACACCGAGGCCAUCAGCCACGACCCCACCGACAGCGUCCUGUACUCAAACCGCAGCGCCGCCUAUGCCUCGCUCAACGAAUUCACAAAGGCGCUGCAAGACGCCGACAAGUGCGUGCAACUCAAGGGCGACUGGGCCAAGGUGAAUCGAUCAACAGGGUGGGGAUGCACACACGCACACACGCAGACAGACACAUAGAAGAGAUCUGCAUAGAAAGGCAUGCAAUGCGUUUUGGUGACAGGGCCAUGGCCGGAGGGGCUUUGCCCUGUUUCAUUUGGGUCGACUGCUGGAGGCUCACCUCGCAUACAAUAAGGGUACGUGAGGCACAUCUGGACUAUGUAUGUGUGUGAAUAUGCGUUUGAUGUCUUUCUUCUGUCAGCUCUGCAAAUCGAACCCGGCAACGCCAGUCUGCAGGAACGGCUCCACAGUGUCAUGUGUGCCGGAUCACUGACCCAGUGCUUUUCCUCCCCCCGUGAGUUCCUUCGGUACGCCCAGAUGGCCUGCGAGUCCGGAUCCGUCGAGAACAUUGGUUCGACGAUCCGCCGAUCGGCCGAUUUACGGGACCGCAUAACCAACGUAAGACGUUAAUCCAUCCACCCACCCAUCCACCCACCCAUCCAUCCAUCCAUACAUCCAAGCAUCCAUCUAUCCAUCCAUCCACUCACCCAGCCAUGCACCUAUCUCCCUCUGUGUGGUGUGGUGUAUUCGUGGCAGAGCCUCGGGGGCAGCAUCUUCCAGGCCGCCCACGCCGACUAUCUCAAGCUACGAUGUGUGGCGUGCGGCAAGAUCGCCCACAAGAUGGCCGUCUGUAACGGCUGCAACCUCGCCCGCUACUGCUCGUCAGAGUGUCAGCGUACCGACUGGCGUGCUCGCCACAAGGACGACUGCAAGACGGCCACCGAGUAUCUGACGGCAGACUGGUCCCAGGUGCAGCACAGCCCGGCGGGGGUCAUGUAUGUCAUGGGGUGGAUGGGCAGACCGACGUUUGAGGAGACGGUGGUGUUGUCGCAGAAGGCGAUAAUUAAGGAGAUGGUCAAGGCAGGGGAACGCAUCAUCUUCACGAGCAUUUGGGUCAGAGACCUGAACCAGGUGGGGGUCCAAGUGCACACACACAUCGCAUCACCAUCUCUCUCUCUGUCUUCCUCUCCGUGUAUGUGUGGAAACCACACCCAUGUAUGUAGACCCGUUAUUGCACGAUGUAUGUCACCUGCUCUACCGCCGCCCCGUCCCGCCCUCUAUGUGCGUCUGAAUUCACCCCGCAUCCGGACGGGAAGUCUGUGGCCUCCUACAAGUACUUCAGCCUGACCCCUGUCGGCCCACGCGGCGCCGCCCCGCGGUGGCGUGCCACCACCGCCCCCGUCAGUGAGUCGCUGGCUGCCAUGGAAGUCAUGUGCCGCACCCUCAACGAGGCUUUCAAGACCAUCCUGGUGGAGUCUGAUUUCACGCUGGUGCCGGAAGUCUCCAUCGGGUGCCGCAUUGAACUUCCGGCGGGUGCCCGAUUCUGGCGCAAGAUCACCUGUGAGGCGAGCGGCUUCAACGGCGCCGCCCACUGCUGGUGGCACUUCAAUCCGAUCAUCAUCAGUGUCAGCAAGGAGGCCCUGGUCAGUCACUCAGUCGUCGACCCAUGCUUUGCCUACCCAUCUAUGUAUGCGUGGCCAAUCUCUCUCUCUCUCUCUUUUCUCUCUCUCUCUCUCUGUGUGUAUGUGUGUGUGUGUGUGUGUCUUGUCGGGUCAGAUGCGUGCGUCGAGGGCUGUGUGUGGGCGUCGACUGGAGCAGCUCAAGGUGGCGGCCGAUGUGUUUGAGCGCACAUUUCUGGACCGUCGCGGCUCCAACUACCUCUCGCGUGAUAUGUGGGGGCGCCACUUCAAGGCCGUCAUGGACACGCAGGUCGCCAAGGCUGCCAUCGCUGGCUACUGCCAGGCCAACGUACGCGGCAUGACGUGCAGACACACACAAACAAAGGCAGGCAAGGCACAGCAAGAAAUGUGUUGCCUUCUUCGAUGUGUAGAAAGGUGUGCGGGACCGUCAUGUGAAGUCUCAGCUCGUCAAAGAGGCACUCGCCUUCACCGACGUGUUCCGCAUGCACUCCAUCGAGUAUGCUGAAGACGUCCAGCGGAGGGCACGCGGUGCUGUGACGCAGUCAGAAGUGCUGGAUGACUACACACAGGCCGAGGUCGAUGGCGCCAAGGCUGAGCUGGCCGCCCUCGAGCCGCAGUACCCGCCAGACAUAAAGGCCAUCAUCGAUGCACCCGCGCCACAGGUCAGUGUUCAAGGAAGGAACAGGCAGACAGGGACCUGCGUGAUCGUGUGGUUCGUUCAGGCCAGCUGAAUGAAGGGACGGCAAGGCAACGCCUGGCUGUGCGCCGAGCGUUUUUCCUUUUUUCUCUGGCGAACCCUUCACCAUUUAUCCAUCCAUCCAUCCAUGCGGAUCCAUCCUUGUGCGUGUGAGUGCGUGUGAGUUUGGUGGCAAGGAAAGGCUGACAGGCAUACAGGCCCACACGUGUAGGAUAGAUAUGGACAAGUAGGUGUAUGUAUGUGUACAUGGAUUGACAGACAGGUGUCUGUCUGUCACUGCAGGAACCCUCAGCUAGCAGUGAGUGAAUGGGUCACAAGAAUAUUAAUAUGCACACUGGAUGUCGUGUUGAAGCGUGCGUGCGCCGAGGGAUGGGCGGCAGGCGGGCUGCUGUAUGGCUGUCACCUUUUUGGUAUCCAUGUGCAUGAGGCUGUCUCUCUCUCUCUCUCUCUCUCUCGGCGUGCGUCUUGGGGUGUGUGUGUGUGUGUGUGAGACUGUUUAUGUUGACCUCCCCUCUGAGUGAAUUCUGCCUCGUGUGAACGUCUCAAUUGGUUAAUCAGUAGUCAGUCACGGCACCAUGCACAUACACACCAUCCACAUAACAUCAUUCUCUCUCUCCAUCCACCAUGCUGCCUGCAAGUCGCUUUCUUUCCAAUCGGACGGACUUCUUCUCAUCUUGAAACGGACUCUUGCAUGCCAACGAACUCAUGACUGACGUGUGCACAACGCGUUAUUUCACGCAAGGAAGGAACAUGAAUGCGAUGAUGAGUCAGUCAGUCAGUCAGGAGGGCCUCACACAACACACUAGGUACCUACACCUCUGCUGCUGCUGCUCCUCCGCGUGAUGCCGCUGUCGCUGCCGCACCCCUGCCUCUCCCCUUGGUAGUGCCGCCCUCUCCCCUGCCUGGGAUUUGUGUUGCCCUUCCGCUGGGCGCCUCGCGGUUUGGCUGCGGCGGCCUUGUGCGCUGCGCGCCCCACCCGUGUCGUCCAUCUCCUCGUCUCGUCCAUUUGCCUUGCCCACCGUCGUACAGUACUGCACCUG